AAAACCGUCUGCUUCAGCUCGGUCACCUUAAAAAAUUUGUUUUGAUUUUGGCUGAGAAAAAUGCUGGACAGUAUUAGUUAAAGAGAAAAAAUCGAAAUGAAAGGAAAUAAUGAGAGUUUGCUGGAAGGGCCGAGCAGGAUGUUCCGUCAGAAUGUGACUCCAGCCGUCAUCCAGUAUCGCAGCAGGUUGGCGAGUCUCACAGAAAUUGAUGCCGAGCAGGUGAAAAUUGCAAAUUAUGCUGACACCAUAAAGCAGCUGGAUGCAUAUUAUGGGCAAGUGAAGAGACAAAUUCUGAACUUUCAAAGCCCCACGACGGGUCUCUUCCCCCAGAUGAGCGAUGAGAAGGAAAUAGCCUCCGUGAGAGACAGCAUCUACUGUGCCGUUGCCGUCUGGAGUCUCUACCAGGCAUACAAGAGGAUUGAUGAUGACAGAGGGAAGGCCUAUGAGUUGGGGCAAAGUUGCGUCAAGUGUAUGAGAGGAAUACUCUUCUGUUGGAUGAGACAAGCUGAAGAAAAAUUGGAGAAGUACAAAAUGAAUCAGUGUCCUGAAUUUGCUCUGCACAGUAAAUUCCACCUAGAAACUGGGCAGCCUCUGUCCAGUUCUGUUCUUGGACAGUAUGGACAUUUGCAGCUUGACGUUGUGUCUUUAUAUUUGCUGUUUUUGGUUCAAAUGAUCAUGUCUGGACUUCAGAUCAUUUAUACGAUGGAUGAAGUGAGCUUUGUGCAGAACCUGGUAUACUAUGUGGAACGAGCCUAUCGUACUCCUGAUUUCGGCAUGUGGGAAAGGGGAAGCAAGUAUAACGAUAACACUCCUGAAAUUCAUGCCAGCUCAAUCGGCAUGGCCAAGUCUGCUCUUGAGGCCAUCAACGGCUGCAAUUUAUUCGGAGACAAAGGGGCUUCGUGGUCAGUGGUGUAUGUUGACAUAGACGCUCACAGUCGAAACCGAAGCAUUUUUGAGACGUUGCUUCCUCGAGAAUCUAGUUCAAAGAAUACAGAUUCUGCAUUACUACCUACCAUUAGCUUUCCAUGCUUUGCUACACACGACGAGAUACUGUAUGGUCGAACAAAAGACAAAAUUGUGCGUAAACUACAAGGGACAUAUGGUUUCAAAAGAUUCCUCAGGGAUGGUUAUGGCACCGUAUUUGAAGACAUUACUCGGCCAUACUAUGAGCAAGGAGAAACAAAGGAGUUCGAGAACAUUGAAUCUGAAUGGCCUCUCUUCUUUUUGUACAUGAUUCUUGAUGGUAUUUUUAAAGGAAAUGAUGAGCAGAUCAAGAAAUAUCGUCACCUUCUCCAUCCAAGACUAAAAGUAGAUAGAUUUGGAAAUGCCAUUGUGCCGAAAUAUUUUUUCGUCCCCACUCUCUGCAUCGAAGCCGAAAGGAGGGAGCCCGGUUCUCAGAGGAGAAUUCCCAGUGUUGAAGGGGAUGCUGAUAACUUAUACUUGCAUGGUCAAGCAUUGUACAUAAUGUCUGAAUUGCUAGUUGAUGGGCUUUUACAUAUCAAUGAACUUGAUCCCAUUCGGCGGUACUUGCCUUCUUACAACAGACCUCGCAAAACUGGUCGCUACUCAGCUUUUCAGGGGAAAGCUGCUGGUACUGCGAAUGAUCUGGUGGUUCAAGUUGUCCUCAUUGCGGAGAGUAUGAGAUUGCAGGCCAUGAUGGCAACCUACGGUAUCCACACCCAGACUCCCCACGAAGUGGAACCGGUGCAGAUUUGGUCGCCCAAUCAGCUUGUGAGGAUUUAUGAGUACCUUGGCAUCAGUAAGAAACUUGGUUUGAAAGGAAGACCUCCUCGACCUAUCGGAGCCUUGGGAACUAGCAAGCUGUACAGAAUCUGUGGGCAGACUGUCAUUUGCUAUCCCCUUAUUUUUGAAGUCAGUGAUUUUUAUCUCUCACAUGAUAUGGCACUGUUGAUUGAUGACAUUAAGAAUGAGUUGCACUUUGUCGGAAAGUAUUGGAGAAUGUCCGGUCGACCAACCGUCUGCAUUCUCAUCAGAGAAGAACACAUGAGGGAUGUGCAUUUCAAGGAGAUGCUCGAUCUGUUAGCCAUGUUAAAGAAAGGAGACUGUGAUGGAUUGAAGAUUAGAACUGGAAGACUCCAGAACCUGAUAUCUUCUUCCUGCAUCGAGCACCUGGAUUUCUUGCACUUACUCUCUCCGAACGACUUGCCCAAUGUAGAAGCAUUUCAGCAGUUGGAACAUGCAUCCAUUGGCUACCAGAGUCUGACGGAUAUACCCAAAGCCAUCAUUUAUAAUGAGCCGACGUAUGAUUACAAGGAGUUCCAAAACAAAUCUUCUAGGGACAUUCUAGAAGCUUUAAGUCAUACAGAUACUUUGCAUGGACAGAGUCAGCUCUUAGGAAUAUUGUAUUUUCGGGAAGGGCCACAGUUUUGGACAGAAAAUGGCACUGUCAAAGAAAGAUUAGAGAGAUUGACUAGACAAGCUGGAGCACUUAGACAUUGGUCUGUUGUCCGAUAUUGUUCCAGUGUUCUGCGAAAAUUAGUGGAUAGUAUCAGCCCUAAUAUAACGUCCAUCUUGGUCUGUGGAAAACAAAUUACCGUGGGAGUAUUUGGCCACGAAGAAGUGGUUAUUGACAAACCUCUGACCCCCAAAGAGGUGGAGGGUAUUAUCUAUUCCAAAUGCCAAGUGCAUGACAUUUACCAAGCUGUCCUUCAACAAGAAAUUAUUCUGUAUGUGGGUCGUCUGAUUUCCACUGCGCCUCACCUUUUCCAUGGUAUUCUAAAAAUUAGAAUUGGUUGGGUUCUUCAAGCAAUGAUACUUCACAUGAAAUUUCUGAAUCCAAAUCCACCAACUUUAGAAAGUUUAUCACCCAGUGAGCUGCGCAAAGUGCUAUACCGUGUACUUACCUUGGCAGAAGAUGGUUCAAAUACAAAACUGUCCAUCCACCAGAGGCGGCAAAUCGAAGGGGCACUGUGUCGUGUUCCCAAGAACUUUUAUGACAGAGUUUGGGACAUCAUGACUCGCACAGCAGAAGGCAUCAUAGUGGAGGGACACCACCUGCCCCAGCAACCCACACUGACUGAGAUGACUGUGUAUGAUUUGAAAUUUGCUAUUGAAGUGGAGAUGUUUCUGAGUAGAGUGUCUGCUCCUGAGUAUCGCCAGAUUCUUGUUGAACUGAUAAUGGUCGUGUACUUGAUUCUGGAAAGGAAUCCGGAACUUUCUUUCAACACCACUAUUGACAUGAAUAAGCUUGUAGAAGAAGCUUUCAUCAUGUACCAACGAGACACAGGAGGAGAUCGAGAGAACGAUAUGACCAUGUUUUUCGACUCUCCCACGACGAUCACAGCCAGUUAUUUGGCGAGAGCGGUUAUGAACCACUUGCUCAAGUGUGCGCCAGAUCAAAGUUACUCUCGAGAUCUCUGUGUCGUAUCCUGAACUGAUUCACAGUGAUCCCUGCUGGUUUGUAUGUAUCAUGUAUAGUCAAAGGCUCCUUAAGUGGCCAUCACGUGGAAGAUCUUCUGAAGCUACCGUCACCCACUAUUUUCUCUUGUUUUGUUAUCAUUACCAGUUUGUUCCUUGAAGAGUUAUACUGAUUCAAGUCACUUGUUCUGAUAAAAAGAACAGCCUGGAUUUUUUCUUUCCACCAACUAUA